AUGGUCGAUAUGCUUGCCGAUAUCUGCGUUGCUUAUGUUCCUUGCAUAAACUGCUACAGCCCAACUGAGACUACCGUUAGAUACAUACUUGAUGAAUCCCUUGUCCCUGUGAUUGUAGGUGAGAUUGGCGUCUCGUGGGCCGGUAGCUCGGAGGUGUCUCGUGGAUACAUCGAUCUACCGGAAAAGACAGCUGAGAGAUUUAGGUUCGAUCCAUACAGUCAAGACGGAACCAAAAUGUACGAUACUGGAGAUCUCUGCCAGUGGAACCCUAGCGACACUAUCCCCUUCUUGGGGCCUGUCAAUGAUCAAGUCAGAGUCAAGGGCUUUUAUGUUGAACUAGAUGGAGUUAUUGCAGCUCUCAACUCGUGCCCUUCGGUACAAGGGGCUGCUGCGCUGCUCAUUGAUGGUGAGAUUCAUGCCUUUGUCACGCCUCGCCAUUGUCCUCUUCCAGUGAUUCAAGACCACCUCGAAGCCCAUCAGCCUUACUAUGCCAUACCAACACGAUAUCACUUUUUUCAUGCAUUGCCCCUGGCGGAGAAUGGCAAGUUGGACGAAAAAGCAUUGCGGCACGUUGCAUCCACUCCCCAGGAGCCUAUAUCAACAGGCAAAAAGGCGCCCUACGGCCAAGUCCUUCCACCCAAACCCGCUCGGCUCAGUCACUCGCGAUCCAACUCUUCAGCUUUAAGUGCUCCACAGACCAGCUCGUUCUCCGACCCGUCGGAUGCCACUCUGGUCGAGGAACAAAUCGAUCUCGAAGCCGCCCUCCCCGACAAGAAGCACCGCAAAUGUUCGCGCAGACUCCGUUACCGGGUACUUAGUAUCUACCGGCGGCUUUCCUCGCUUGUUGGCUUGUUCAACACCUCGGCUGCCAUUGCUCUGGUAAUGACCGGGAUCAGCCGUGAGUGGCUAAGCAACAUCACGGCAAUCAACCUGGCCAUGGCCGUUCUCGUCCGCCAGGACUUCGUCAUCAACGUCCUAUACACAAUCGCUUGCAGCGCACCAAAGUCCUGGCCUCUCUUCAUUCGGGCUCGUUGUGCAAAGAUAUAUCAUCUCGGCGGUGUCCACUCCGGUGCAGCCGUUAGUGCAGGAGCUUGGCUCUUGGCGGCGAAUAUCGCCGACAUUGUCUGCAUGGUGAGCGGAAGAUUUUCAAACUGGGGCCAACAGUCGAUCACAUCCAAUGUUAUCUCGUGGGCUCUCUUGGCCUUUUUCGCCGUCAUGAUCGGUCUUGCCUGGCCGUCGAUGCGUAAGCGCCACCACGACUUGUUUGAGAGAACGCAUCGAUUUAUCGGCUGGACCAUGCUCGUAUUCUUCUGGGUUCAAGUAAUUAUCGCAAGCAAGGACAAUGCAGCCACCGGCACUUCAUUGGGGCAAGCCUGCGCCCGGUCACCACCAUUCUGGCUCCUGGCCGUAGCGACUGUAAGUGUCGCUUCUUCGUGGUUCUUUCUCCGUAAGGUACCCGUACAGGCGGAAAAGAUGUCGGACCACGCGAUCAGACUUCACUUUGGCUAUACAGUCCCCAUCAAUGGGUCAUUCGCUCGCCUAUCCCACAAACCCCUCGUGGAGUGGCACUCGUUCGCCACUAUUCCUGCCCCCGAGGCCGUCAACGGCCGGCCGAAAGGCUACUCGCUCAUCGUCUCGAACGCUGGUGACUGGACUAAAUCAACUAUUCAGGAUAGUCCGUCUCACAUUUGGAUCCGAGGCGUACCGACAUGUGGAGCCAUGCGCAUUGCAACCCUGUUCAACCGGAUUGUUCUCAUCGCGACUGGCUCCGGUAUUGGACCUAUGUUAGGCUACAUUCAAAAUCCAUCUGGUGGGACGCAACUCAUCUGGUCAACAAAACAGCCUAAAGAAGCUUUCGGGGAAGACCUUUGUCGUACUGUUACCAAAAGAGUUCCGAACGCAAUCAUCCACGAUACAAAGAAGCAAGGCCGUCCCGAUCUCGUCAAGAUGGGCUAUAACUUGGCAAAGAGCUGUAAGGCUGAAGCUGUCAUUAUUAUCGCGAAUGAGGAAACUACGAAGAAGGUGGUUUAUGGUCUUGAAACAAGAGGCGUACCAGCUUAUGGCGCAAUUUGGGAUAGUUGA